AUGGUGGUCCAAGUGUUUAAAACAGCGUUUGGUCGGACAGCCGUUGGUCGGACCGCGAUUCUGCACAAGAGCGACGCCAGUCACGCGAUGGACGGGACGACCGACGGCAGUGUCGGAGCAGCAGCGGCGCAGGUCCAGUACGAAGUCGUGGGCAUCGCCCGCACGCGCGUCGUGUUUGCCUCCCGACCAAAGCCUGUGCUCGCGUAG